CUUUCAACUACAAACGGAGAGAAACUGAGGCGAUUGUGUCUACCAGUGCUUGCGUACAGACCAAUGGUGUUCGCUUCCAAUUGCUUACACCACGUAGCGGAAUUUGGAUGAGGAUAGCUUUUGUCCCCACCCCCGACGUACCUUCAGCGAAUAGAAACUAAGCUGCCGUGCGAGCUUGCCGUGUUGUUCUGCUCUCAAAGCUGGACAAGGCGUUUACAAGAUGGCAUCAAGCGGCAGAGAUGGCCUAGACGAGAGCCAGCUAAGGGAGAGGCUCACUUGUCAUCCCGAAGCUCCCCAGCUUGCGAAGUCGACGCAAGUGGCGGAGAGGACGGUUCAAGCUCUGAACGACGAACAAGAGAAGGACGCUGAGAAGGAGAAGAGGACGUAUGGCAGAACUCCGGACGGGACCAUAUUCACGGUGCCGGAAACGCACGACAUGGUCUCGCAGCUCCUGUCGCCGUCGCAACCCAAGAAUCUGUCCGACUUCGUCAUCCUCGCCGUCCUUGGCGUGCUCGUCCUCCUGCUUGUGGUCCUGCCUAGCAGCAUCCGCGUACCCUUCUUCGCGCUCACAUUCUUGUUCUGGAGAGCAUGCUACAAUGCUGGCCUCGGCUAUCUGCUCCAAGUGCAGUCCGACGACAGAUUGCUGGUCGUGUGGGCGAAGAAGUCCGGCAUCUUCGAAGACCCGGCGACGGGAAAGAAUCCACACCCAAGGUUGCACGCGCUCCUGAAGCGGGAGAUGGAGACCAAGAUCCCCAAGCAUUACAAGUUCGAGGAGGCACCCAGCGAGUACAACACCUGGCUUACCUUUCGCCGCCUCGUCGACCUGAUCCUGAUGUGCGACUUCGUCUCGUACUGCUGCUUUGCGAUCGCCUGCAUGCGCCAUCCGCCCGCAGAAACGUGGUACAUCACCCUGGGUCGCUGGCUCGGCGGGAUCGUGCUCGUUCUCUUCAACCUCUGGGUCAAGCUUGAUGCGCAUCGCGUCGUCAAAGACUAUGCGUGGUACUGGGGUGACUUCUUCUACCUCAUCGACCAAGAGCUCACCUUCGAUGGCGUGUUCGAAAUGGCGCCCCACCCUAUGUACUCGGUCGGAUACGCUGGCUACUACGGAAUCUCGCUCAUGACGGCUAGCUACAAGGUGCUAUUCAUCUCGAUCCUCGCCCACGCAGCGCAGUUUGCGUUCCUGACUCUGGUCGAGAACCCGCACAUCGACAAGACGUACAACAAGCCGCCGCCGCGCACCGAGGAAGACAAGCUCCGCGACAUGAUGGACGACGGUCGCAGGAAGUCCAGGUUCUCUGGCAUCAAGCCCUCGGACAUCCACAAGCUCUUGGGUCUUCAGAACCUAGACCUUCAUCGCGUCACCGACACCUCCGUUCUGCUUCUGCAGUUCUACAUCUUCACCUCAGCCCUGUUGACGCCAUCCACCACGUCUUGGCAAACGUUGUUCGUGCUCAACGCCGUGUUUUGGAGGCUGUGGUUCUCCGUCGGAAUCGCUUUCAUCUUGAACCGACAGUCCAACAAGAAGGCGUGGACCAGGCACUUCAUCAAGUACGGAGAUAGCACGGAAGAAGCGUGGCGCCAGUGGAAAGGCUUCUAUCACCUCAGCAUGACCAUGUGCUAUGCCAGCUUCAUCGCGGCCGCCUGGAAGAUGUACACACUUCCGGAGAACUGGUCGUACGGAAUGGUCCUUCUUCGACACGUGCUCGGCGCAGCUUUGAUUGCUCUUCACUUGUGGACGAUCAUCAGCAUCUACGAUUCCCUGGGCGAGUUCGGCUGGUUCUACGGCGACUUCUUCUUCGACCACGCGCCGAAGCUCACCUACAGCGGCAUAUAUCGCUUCUUGAACAAUCCGGAGCGAUUUCUCGGGCUGGCUGGCGUGUGGGGGUUGGCCAUCAUAACGUGGAGCAAGGCCAUUUUCCUCCUGGCUAUCAUGAGCCACACACUCACGCUCAUGUUCAUCCAGUUCGUGGAACGCCCGCACAUGCAGAAACUGUAUGGCGAAAGCAUCCGACAGGACUCGGGAGUCAGCAAGAGCAUCAAACGCUCGCUGCCUCCGAAAGUACGGGCGUGGCAGACGAGCGUUGACGAGGCAUUCAUGCGAGCGGGCGACCGGCUGGAGGACUUCAUGGCGCAACUGCGCAGCAAAAUCAGCUCCGACUACGUGUCGCUAGUCAACGACUCCAAGCAGCUUUUUAAUCCUGCGAAGCUCCAGCUGACCCGCGAGGCGAAAGACCUGAACGGCUUCGACCGAAGCUCGUACACGUUGUCCAUCGAAGGCACGCCCACCUCCGACCUGGCCUGGCUGGAUCGACGCAGUGGCCGCGAAGGCGAAGACGCACGUCAACCACCCGUCAGGACGAAUUCGGCGUUCAGACCGCACAUCUUCGAGUACGGCGCUCCUAUCAAAGUGCGCUGGACGGCCCCCAAAAACCACGGCAGGAAGGACUGGAUCGGCUUGUACAUGGUCUCCGACACGAUCGACCGGGAGGUGACCCGCGUAUCGAGCCGCGGACGCUGGGUAGCGACUACAAAGGGACAGUACGAUUCCGCCCGCGCUGAUUCCGGUAUCGUGUCUAGCGACACGCCGGUCGAGGCAAGGGGCGUUCUGGGCGAAGAACUCGUCACUGGCGAGGUCGUGUUCACGGGCGACAAGCUCUGGUGGACGACCGGCGUGUUUGAGUUCCGCUACCACCACGACGGCAAGCAUACCGUCAUGGCAAUCUCGCACCCCUUCGAAAUUCGAGUCGGAAAAUUCGACGAGGACGAUGUCGAGCUCGAUCUCAGCAAUCUCGGCACCAAUGAGCAAGGAGGGCCGAUGCGCCGUGCGGUCGAGCAAGCACUUCUCCCUGUUGUUCAAAACUGCUUUGAUCGUAACCCGGACAUCGCACCCAGCACGGUGGACGAGAGCUUUGGAAGCCUUGUGAGACGAGACGACAAGUAUAGCCGAAGGGUUGUGUUCGCCGUGGCUCAUAUGUUUGGAAUUGAGUUUGCGCCAGAGGUCGUGCAGGCGGACGGGAACGUGCGCAAUCUUGCCUGGAGAAUUUGCAACGCAAAGAGAGUCUUGGCACCGUACUCUUUAUCGCCUUCGAAGGGCACGUCAACACCGAGCGAGCCAUUUUGAGAUGCAACAGUACAAAACCAUGCACGCGCUAGCGGCAAAUCACUGACGUACGGUCGCCAUACUGCCAAUGGCCGGUAGACGAGAAAAUCGAACGGAAGGAAGAACUGGAGAGGAAAGAAGUAGAAAAGAAAAGUAGUUUUAGAAUUUAUUUUUUUUAAACCCCUGCAAUAGGCCCCCUUCCCCCUUUAGAAGAUAUCAAAUCGCACGAUAGUCUUAUUUUCCA